AUGGGGGUCCGACAUUUCCUUACUACUACUACUACUACUACUACUACUACUACUACUACUACUACUACUACUACUACUACUACUACUACUACUACUACUACUACUACUACUUACUACUAUACUACUACUACUACUACUACUACUACUACUACUACUACUACUACUACUACUACUACUACUACUACUACUACUACUACUCAAACUCUACUCCAUAUCUGUGUAGACUUCUAG